CUGCAGUGACGUCAUGGCGAGGGACGUAUGAGUGACGCUGUGGUCCUUCCACCGGGCGGAUUGGUGGACCGAACCAUUCCGGGGAAAGGGGGGGGAGGUGAAGAAGAGGGCGACGCCAAGAGAAAUAAGAUGAACCUUUUGGGGAAGUUGCCCCCCGAGAGAGCUUUACAGUUUUUUCACAAAGUAAUUGAUGGCGUCUGUGGACGGGCAUCUCCUCGAUAUCAAGAUUACAACACUGUCUGGAAUUUGGCAGAAUGGAUUGGAAUCCUAGAACAAAUGACAGCAUAUUUCAAAAGUACAGUUGGCAAAGAUGUCUCCGAUGAAGAGGCUGUUCAGCAGCUGGGUGAGCUGAGUUCUGACUGUCGAAAAGCAUUGGUCACUUGCCUGAAAGGAAGAAGACAUGAUAUCAGACAUGCCCUGAUUCAAAAAACAAAUGCCAUCUGUUCUGCACAGCUCCUGGAUUUUGACUGGCAGCUAAAGCUUGCUCUCUCUAGUGAUAAGCUAUCCAUGCUACAGAUGCCACUGCUAAACCUUGAUCUGGAUUUGAGAGAGAAUGACGAUGUCAAGUUGUGCUCUGUAGAAAUGAAUAAGGAGGAGCUACAAAAUUUAAUAAAUGCAUUGGAAGCUGCUAAUAAGGUUGUCCUGCAAUUGAAAUGAUUCCAGCUAUCUGCACAGUUGCUUGUUGGUGACUAAAUAAACAUAGAUUAAAACAAAGAAGGAAACUAUGUUUUUGAAGAGUUAAGGUCAGCCCAUAAAAUAUGAAGUUGAAGAACUUUAACUGCAAAUGUUCCAAAAGGCUCCCAAUUUGGUCUAGAAGGCAAGAAGUUGUAAAGCACAUUGGGCCUAAAUUGUGGACAAAUUGCAAGGAACAUAGUUUAUCAAACCAUUGAAGAAUUGCAAGUACUGUACCAUGUUAAAUCAUCUGCUCUGUUAAAUAAUUUAUUCAAGGUUCUGAAGCUACAUUGGACUUUGUCUCCUAAUAUAGUAGACAGUAUGUUAAAGCAACACAACCAUUUCUAUAAUUAAAGGCAAAAUGUUCUGUACUGUUUCCAGAAUGGCAUAGGGAUAUGUUUUUUAUUCUGAUUGAGUCCUUUUCUUAAAUACAAUAGAACAGCCUUUUCAUUGUGCCCACCUUUCAGAUGUGUUCAGUUGCAGUUGGUAUCCUCCCAGGCUGGCAGCAACAAACCUGGAAGAGCACCUGGUUAAGAGGGAGGCUCUCAUGGGAUAUGUCCUCAAUUAUCAGACUGAACAUGACAAGCUCCAGAGCCGAUUAGACUCUCAGUAGGGUAUCUUUAAGUUGUAAAAUGACCAGAAAUUGAUGAUGGUAGUAAAAGCUACUCAAGUGACAAUACUGAAAACUCAUGGCUGUAAAAUUGAAAAAUGUGGAAAUUAAUUGGCUGUCUGACUCUAAGAACCAUUGAGUAAAGUGACACAGGCAACUUGUGGCCUUUGUUGGACUGCAUCUUCCAUUGUUCCUCACCAUUGGCUUUGUUGUCUAGGGGUCAUGCGAGUUGCCUUCCAACAUAUGGAGGAACAUAAGUUGUUUUCCCUUGCUAUGAGCACAUUCCAGCAUCACAGGCACUCAUAAAUUAGAGCAUCAUUAGCAUUCCAUGUAAUUCAGGCUUGCGUUUGGCAUCUUUUGGAACAUGAGAGGAACAGCUUUUUUAAAACAAUGAAACGUUGUUUUCAUUGAUUGUGAAACUGCACCAGAAUUGUUCUCAAAAAAUUUAAGCCUACACAACUAGCCCUUUUUAUUGGACUUGUCUAGGUGAUACUUAACAGAUAUCAUUUUUAAAAUGAAAAAGCCUUAAAUGUUUGUACUGUGUUAGCUUAUGAUGUCAAGCAAUAGAUUCCUUAGAGUUUGUAUUGUACUUUAUGUAUAUCUGUAUAACCUCUCAAAAGAAAGUAUUUGCAGUAAAACAUUUAAACCAA